AUAAUCUACGCUUAGCACAUACCAUCUUGGGUUUAUUUAUUCACGCUCCAAACGGGUCUAAAUUCACUACAGAGCCAGUUGAACCUAUGAGUGUCCUUCUUAUUAUUUCUUCUUUUCCAGCGCACAACAACCGACAAGUCCAACCACAAGACCGAUCCGAAAGGCACCGCUGAGCAGAAACCGUCCGAAGCAACCGAUGUCGCGAGUGCAACUGACCAGAUCCAAAGUGUGGGAAAGCAAUUUUCCACCAAAUCGCUCCAAUCGCAGGUGGCGCACCACUCCCAGCAGCAGCAGGAGAUGGAUGAAAAUCCGCCGCACGACCAGAGGAAAAAUCAAAACGGCGAAAAUCACGCCAAUGACGCUGCUGACGGGACGGGUCGUGCGGUACAAAUGCGUGGCCGCGAUUGCGUAGGCGACAGUCAUGGUAGCGAUUGUGGGAAAGUGGGUGAUGCCCCAGUCGGCCGAAAGGGUGUUGAUUUGGAAAUAAGUGGCAAGAUUCCUUCGCACGAAACAAAUUCGCCGACGCGUUUGAUGUCCCCAACUGGUGGCGUGAAGGUUGCUAUCCACACGACUUCGGAGAGCGAUCCUGGAGUGGCUAAAGCAGCGGAAGUGCGUCGCAAUCUGCUAGACGGCCGGAAACGAGGAUCAUCUGACGCUCCACGCCAGCAGAAGGUCAAUUAUUCGCACAACCUCCAAUAUCUGGAGAUAGUAUCGCCCCCAGAGGAAGAACUUCAAUCGAGAAGCAUCCCCGAGGUGCAGUCCCAUAUCAAUUUGGCCGAGGAAGUAGCCAACAAACAGCGUAAACAGCAACGGCAACAGUUGUACGCCCAGCUCAAGAAACAGAUCUUCCGCGAUCGUCUUCAGACGGUGCGUAAAAUGGCCGCCAAUCCUAUCUAUGUGAAUGCUAACUUCGAGCGACCGUGGCGCACUGUAUCGACUAUUUCCGACCAGCUGGUGGAUGAGCUUCUGGCCGAGGUCGCCGACCAAGGGCUGGAUUUUGGCGAGGAGUCGUUUGUGGAGGAGUUUCUUCGGCUGCAGCUGGCGGGAUGACGACGGUGACAGAUGAUAGAUUGAAUUAAAGGCAGCAGUGAAGGAGGAUGAUGGGGAUGAUGUAUUUUAGUAGUUGUUUCUGUUCUGUAUUUGAAUACAUUAAAUUUUGCAUUC